AGAUGGUAACAUGCCGGAUAUCACAGCUGCUGGUAGUUUUCACGAGUUUCUCGUAAAACUCCAUACGAAAUAUGGACCCGUAGCAACAUUUUGGCAUGGAAAAACGCAUGUUGUUAGUCUGGCGUCUGCAAAAGCGUUCAAAGAUACCAAUAAACUGUUCGAUCGACCAGCUGUAUUGUUUGAAAAUAUCAAACCCCUAGUUGGGCCUGACAGUAUAACAUAUGCAAAUGGUGAAGAUGGCAAACGCCGCCGCCAUGACUACGACCUAUCAUUCAGUUAUGAUGCAAUUAAGAACUACUACAGCAGGUUUUAUGAG